UACGUGGCAGUUGUAUUCGCGGCUCAUAAAAACGAAACCAAACGCCCAAUUAUAGAAAAGGGUGAAAAAGAUCAAAAAAAAUCCCCGAAAUUGGAAGUUUAAUCCCAUUUUAUUCGCGCCACCAAAACCUAUUUUCUCACCUCGUAAAGCUCAAGUUUUUUAUCCCCCUUUCCUCACACACUAAAAUAGGAAGAUCGAAGCAUCUACAAUGGCGUCCGAUCCUCCUCCUCCUUCUCCUCGCCAAGCUCGCGUUCCCAUGGCCUCGUCUCCAGGUUCACUUUCAGAUAACAUUGCUCAAUUUUCGCUAGUUCCUAUUCAUAUUGUCACCAGUGCUUCUCAACUCCCACUUGAGUUUCUUGAACCCUCAGUUGACAAGCAGUUUGUGAUUGGACUUGAUUGUGAGGGUGUGGACCUUUGUCGUCAUGGUGCUCUUUGUGUAAUGCAGCUUGCAUUUCCUGAUGCAAUAUACUUAGUUGAUGCUAUUGAGGGAGGGGAGGCUGUCAUGCGAGCCUGUAAACCUGCACUUGAGUCUAAUUACAUCACAAAAGUAAUUCAUGACUGCAAACGAGACAGUGAGGCAUUGUUUUUUCAGUUUGGCAUUAAAUUGCACAAUGUUGUUGAUACACAGAUAGCAUAUUCUCUGAUAGAGGAGCAGAAAGGAAGAAAGUGGGCACCUGAUGACUAUAUAUCAUUCGUUAGCCUUCUUGCCGAUCCUCAUUAUUGUGGAAUAUCGUAUCUUGAAAAGGAAGAGGUGCGAGUUCUUCUAAGGCAGGACCCUGCUUUUUGGACAUAUAGACCGCUGUCCGAGAUGAUGAUUCGAGCAGCUACAGAUGACGUGCGCUUUCUCCUCCACAUUUAUCAUAAAAUGAUUGAGAAGUUGACUAAAAGAUCCCUAUGGCUUCUCGCUGUUCGUAGUUCAUUGUACUGCAGGUGCUUCUGUGUUAAUGAUAAUGACUAUGCAGAUUGGCCUCCUCUUCCUCCUUUCCCUGAUGAUCUAGUCACUGAAGAUUAUGUUCCUGACAGAGAAAUUCUCUCGGUAUUAAAUGUUCCUCCUGGGAAAAUGGGACGAAUUAUUGGGAAAAAAGGAUCCUCCAUCAUGUCUGUAAAAGAAUCUUGCAAGGCAGAAAUUCAUAUAGGUGGUGCUAAGGGUCCUCCUGAUAGGGUUUUCAUCAUUGGGCCCGUGAAGGAGGUGCGAAAAGCCGAGGCAAUCCUUCGGGGUCGCAUGCUGGAUCUGUAGCAAGCCUUGGCGCGCCAUAAAAACUUCGUUAUAUGUUACUUGAAUCUAGAUUUUUACUUCCUGGACGUUUCCUAUAUAUAUAUGAGAUGUGUGGUGUGCGAAAACUUAAUGGUUUCUAAGUUAGCUGUGGUGACUCCUCGUUGGUUUUAUUGUGACUUUUCAUUCUGUUCAUAGGAUAAGUUAAACUGGGAAGUCAAAGCUCACAAUGAUUAUUAGCCUUGUUGCCACGUAUUUUUCUCUAUCUUUUACACAU